UUGUUCGUUCGCGAACGAUGCAAGUCUUUUACUUUGGUCACACUCUUGACCAAUCCAACACUAAUUUCUUAGCAAAACAACUUAAUUUUAAUUAUUUUCAAAGCUAUUCUUAUAAAUUUAGUAUCGCAUUGCAUAAAGGAGUUCCUGAGUUGUGACGUCACACACAAGGCUUCAACAUGAAUUACGGACGCAAGACGCCUUCUACGUAUCGAUCAAAUCCUUCGGUGUAUUCACACGCCACAGGAAGAUCUUCGACUAAUCUGCACUCGAAAAUGUCCCGCUCCACGCGUUCAGUACGCAUUCCUUGGUACCAAAGGCCUUUGCUUAAGAACAAUCAAUACAUUGAUAUUCAAAAGGGUGCCAUGCUAAUUGGACUGUUCGCCGUCUUUCUAUCACUCUUCACCAUUGGCACUACAAUAUUCGACAUUUACUGCUAUUCUAUGGCUGCGCCAGGCUCUACACAUUAUGGCUACUAUAUUAUAUCCUAUGAGUUUGUCUACGUUGGCAACAAGCAUGUGCGCAACAUGUUGAUUGUGUUUGCCUUGUUCUCACUUAUCAUGGCGCUAAUAAAUUUUGUUACAAGCGUUUUGCUUUGUGUAGCUCUGCGUAAGGAAUAUGAGCGCAAAGUGAUGCCAUGGCUUUGGACCUUUGCCAUAUUUACAAUUUGGCGUGUCUUGGCGCUGAUCUUCUUUGCCAUUGUAAACGAUUUGUACUUUGCUUACAACAUAAUAAUGGUGCUGUUGUGGAGCAUCUUCUGUCUGUUUUCCAUUUAUGGAUGGGCUGUUGUCUACUCGCUAUUUUUGGAACUGGUUGACUUGACAAAACUGGAGGAUCUUGCACAUUUGCGCAUGGGCACCAUGGCUUCCCUGCAUGCGUCUACUGCCAAUUCAUUAGCUGGCUCACGUCCAACUACACCACACAGCACUGUAUCGACAAUGCCAGUGGGUUAAACAUUACUGCAUUGGGCUCAAACUAAAAUGCGCUUUAUAUUUAUAUUUGUACACAUUCCAUUUAAACAAACUUAUCCACCAGUUAAGUGCCUUAGAUGCGUUACAAAUACGUCUAGUACAUACAGCUGUAUUGACAACUUUUAAACAAGAAUCUGCAUAGAAAUUAAGUUUCAUUCCGUCCAUUUUAUCGAUUGUUUUUAUAAAAAUGUAUUGUAUCUAUAACAAGAAAUCUCUGCCUUUGUGCGUAUUUACAUAUCAUGUUUUUUAUACACAGCCCAUGUAACACUAUACAAUGGUCUGUACAAUGCAAAAUAAUAUUAAACAACAUCUUUGUAAUGUCUGUGUUUAUUUAUUGGCAAUUUGAAAUUAAAGUUAAAGCUAAUUGGAACUACAAAACAAAUUGCAUGAAGGGCGUUUAAUAAAAGAAGAUGUAUGAAUUGCGCAUUAUGAACAAAAGGAAACUAUAUUUAAUUUUACAUGGGUAAAACAGUUUAAAUAUCUUACCACCUUCGUAUAAGCUUUUACGCAGUGUUUUUCGCGCUUUGUGAGCAAAUUGCGUGUUUUCCAACUAGUCAGGCAGGCGGACGAUGAUAAACAAAAUGCAUUUGCCCACCUCUCACUGCACUUCGUUCAAAUUUCGCUCUCCAUGAUUCUUGGGUGCUUUGCCCGUUGCUUGCUUGCUUGUUGUUGUUAUGCAUGGGGCGCGUCGUUCACCUCGGUUAAACUCCCCCACAAUCGCAAACAGCAAUGUAAACACUAGAUACGCACACAAAUGCGUUAUGAAUUGGCUCUCCCUUGUGCUGUUAACUAAAAGAACAGACCUGUUUUUCACCAUAAACGCUAGCAGAGCUGUUGCUGACUAAUUGAUGUUAUUGCUAAAUCUUGCCGUCGCAAUGUUUUU